UAUCAUUUGAGCGUACAUGCGUCGAUCCAGAAGACGUGGCUCCAGCUUUUCUACUCUGCUGUCAACAAGCUUCACACAACAGAGACUGCUAGAAGCUAUCUAACGAUUAUUGAAUGAGCAGUAGUUAUUGGCCAAUUGCUACACUGCAGCCAAAAUGAUCUCUCUAACGGAUUCACAAAAGAUCGGGAUGGGGUUGACAGGCUUCGGCGUGUUCUUCCUCUUCUUCGGUAUGGUCCUGUUUUUUGACAAAGCUCUUCUUGCCAUUGGAAAUAUAUUGUUUGUAGCAGGCCUAGCCUUUGUCAUCGGCUUGGAGCGUACCUUCAAAUUCUUCUUCCAGAGACACAAAUUUAAAGCCACCAGUUUCUUCCUGGGGGGCGUGGUCGUGGUUCUGAUUGGCUGGCCCAUCAUUGGAGUGGUGCUGGAGAUGUAUGGAUUUUUCCUCUUAUUCAGGGGCUUUUUCCCAGUGGCAGUAGGCUUCAUCAGGAGGGUGCCUGUCCUCGGGUCCAUACUCAACCUCCCAGGGAUUAGUGGAUUGGUGGACAAAGUCAGCGACAGCAACAAUAUGGUAUAACAGUGACAACCUUUGGAUUGGAGGGUAUUAUAUCGCUUAACUCUAUUUAUAUAAUGGGGACUUUGUUCCCUACUGGUCAACUACUAUUGGUCAACACAAGUUAAAGGUCAAAGCUGUGAUUCAAAAACCUCUUUCUGUUCAAAGAAAUAUAAUCUUAUUUUGGGCGUGUAUGAAUACGACUGGCUGCGUAAAGUUUAUUUAAGGAAACGAUAAGGAAACGGCUUCGUAACCUGGUUGCCAUUGAUGGACAUUGUUACUAAAGGACUACUUUAUUUCGAAUUCCAAUGGGUGAAUUGGGCCCUUUUUGUGUUAAUGUCCGUUCCUGAUCGACUGAUGAUGAUGAUGAUGAUGAUUGACAUGUGACUGGACAGCUCUUUGGAGGAGUCUGGAAUCUGUUACAGAUGCCUUUCUUCUACAUUGAUAGAUAUGUUCUAGAUUGGAAUGUUGUGCCUGUAGCAUCACAAAGACAAUCGUUUUUGGGUUACCUUUUGGGUAACCUCUGAAGAUUUUGUACGGCUGUUGAGAACACAGCUUGUUUUACACCUGGGGCCUAUUCUGGAGGCUGUAGCUUUACUGAACGCUCAGAUAGAAAUGUAUAAUGUAGAACGGAUAUGAUUGUCAGAGAAUUAUGUCAGCUCUGCUUAUUCUAUUUCUAUCUGCAAUGUUCAGAAUGUUCAGCGUCACUGAAUACACACCUGCUACACCUGCCCAUGAAUGGUAUCCGGAGCUGAAUUUUCCAAUUUUAGACUAUUCCAUUAGUCCUACAGGAAAUCUCCACCCACCCGGGACACUGCGCGAGCUAAAACAAAUGCCUCCAAUGCUACAAAUGUGUCUCUACAGCCCAGAUACUGCUGGUCUCACAGCUUGGCUUUACAAGUCACUUUCUAUUUAAUGAAUUAAGAGCCUUGUUGUUAGAGAGAUGUUUUACUCAAUGUACAGUAUCUUUUGUAAAUACAUGCUUGAAAUAAAGUAUGUUUUUUAAAA